AUGGAGACCGAUAUCGAAAAUGUGGGCGCUGAUAAAUCUCUUGAUUCAAAUACAAAAUUCUAUGCCGAUGAUCCUAUAAAGUCAAUGAUAACGGAGGACCUCUCUGAGGUUAUUGCGCCGCAUCCUUCAUAUGAAGGCUUACAUCGCUUUGACCCGAGGGCCACAUGGACUGCGAAGGAGGAGAGAGUGGUGGUUUGGAAAACAGAUUUGUUCUUUAUGAGCUGGAUCUGUGUCAUGUUCCUUGGCUUGCAGCUAGAUCGUGGCAACCUCUCCAACGCUUUGACAGACAAUUUUCUUGUUGAUUUGAACUUGACGACAAACGACUACAACAAUGGAACGACUAUUCAAUUGAUUUGCUUUUUGACCGCUGAAUUUCCAGUGCAACUCAUCAUCAAGCGGUACGGAUUCCGUAUUGUCCUACCAACUAUGAUGAUUGUAUGGAGUAUGGUAUCCUGGGCCCAAGCGUUCAUGACAAGUCGCGCCUCCUUUUAUGUCACUCGGGCCCUUAUCGGCGCCUUCGAAGGGGGUUUUAUUCCAGGAACAAUCUUGUUUGCCACUUACUUCUACAAGGCCCAUGAACUCUCAGUACGAUUGGCUUUCUUCUGGUCCACACUCAAUAUUGCUCGAGUAAUUUCCUCUCUCCUGGCGGCAGGUAUCCUGCAAAUGCGAGGUGUACAUGGCAGAACAGGGUGGUUUUAUCUAUUCUUGAUCGAGGGCCUUUUAACACUUGGCAUCGGCAUCAUCAGCUUGCUUUACUUGCCACAAUCUCCCACACAUACAAAAAGCAUUUUGUACCCCAAGUCAUGGUACACAGAGCGCCAAGAGGUAAUCAUGAUCAACCGCCUCCUCCGUGAUGAUCCUUCCAAAGGUCUCACCAAAAUUAGCGAACCCGCGACUCUCAAGGACGUUCGUAACGCAUUGAGCGACAGAUCAAUGUGGGGACUCUAUUUCAUUGGCCUCAUAGCCUACAUCCCCCAGGGCCCAGUCCAGGGAUAUCUCUCGCUCACCCUCAGAAGAAUCGGCUUUUCAACAUUCGACUCAAACAUGCUAUCGAUCCCAUCUGCUGUAUUGCAGAUAAUCCUGAUGCUGUUGUUAGCUAAGAGCAGUGAGAGAUUUGAUGAACGCACUUUCCACUGUUUUAUCGGUGAAUUCUGGUCUUUACCUUUGUUGGCUGCUCUCCUGGCUUUGCCAGCCCAUGGUCAUAAUUGGGGUCGUUUUACCAUUACAACUAUGAUAUCAGGUUAUCCUUAUUUCCACCCAAUUGUUGCUGCGUGGAUAUCGGAGAACACUUUUGAUGUGAAAAAGAGAGCCAUAACCACUGCUGCAUAUAAUGUGAUUGUCCAGAUUGGAUCGGUUAUUUCGUCACAAAUCUAUCGAAGCAACGAUUCUCCCUAUUAUUACACAGGAAAUAAAGUGCUCAUCUCGAUCUGCGCUCUUUCUCUUGUGACGUUCAUCGUUCAACGAGAAUACCUGCGCCAUCUGAACCGGCAGAAAGAGGAAAGAUGGUCUAGCAUGUCUGAGGAGGAAAAGAUACUCUAUCAAAAUGACCAAGCUGCGCGUGAGUUGGAUGGCAAUAAGAGGUUGGAUUUCAAGUUCAAAUACUGA